AGAAAUAAAUAUAAAAUGAUAGAAACUAAAAUAAUGAUUUGUGUGUGUUUGUGUUUUCCUCUCACCAUAAAUCAAAUUCUUUCCUUAUUGUGUCCCCUAUUCUUCUGUUUUGGUUUAAAGGUCUGUGGAAUGUUGGCAUGUCACAACUACUGGCACUGGGCCCUCUAUCAUAUUGAAAAGGGACAGUACGAAGCCGCCCUUGACAUUUACGACAGAGAAGUUGCUGUUCGUGCCAAGAAUUCUGGAGCCAUGUUGGAUUUCGUCGACAAUGCAUCACUCUUGUAUCGUCUUCAGUUGGAAGGAAUCAAUGUUUCCGAACGUUGGUCGAGUUGUUUUGAGGAAUUCAAAGACCAUGUCACGGAUCACAUCCUCAGCUUCAACGAUGCCCAUUCAAUGAUGAGCUGCCUUGGCGCUGGCCAGGAACGGUUUAGCAAUAAACUGCUGGAAUCACUUCAGGACUUCAUCAAAAAUGGCGAAGGUGAUAAUCAGAGAAUCAGUGAACACGUUGGCUAUAAACUGUGCAAGGCUUUGAAGGAUUACCAAGAUGAGGAAUUUGCUGCUGUUGUGGACAGUCUCAUGCCUAUCAGAUACGACAUCUAUACCAUCGGUGGAAGUAACGCACAGCGUGACGUCUUCAAUUUAAUGUUGAUCUCCGCUGCCAUGAAGUCGCCAUCAAACGAACACAAGAACUUAGCAAGGAGUUUGAUCAACGAGAGGAAAUCACUAAAAGAGAACGCACCCAUGACUGAUCGCUUAAUGGCCAAAUGGUUGUCACUUCAUGGCGAAUAAUAAUCAACUCGGUCGUUAAUUUCGUUUCCAUGCUGAAGAUACGGAACUAAAGUCUUUUAGUAAUUAUUAAAAUCAUUAGCAGGGAGUCUCCUUUUAAAGGGAAUUAACUCUGAUCUUAUUAAAUUUAUCUCCCUUGGCCACCCAUGUCAAGCGAUGUCGAAAACUGUACUGUGUAUGAUAAGUUAUAUCAGAAAUUAAUAGUUUGACUGUGUUGUUGCUAUAAUCAUUUAUGUGUCAAGUAAAUAAAUCGUUGAAAGACUAAUUUAUUGCAGGAGUUGUCCAAAGAUAAGCUCUUGGCUACAUUCUCACUUUUCUUAACGUGAAACCGAUGGUAGCCUUAAUUCGCAAAUAAAGAAUCUUUAUCCAUCAA